GUUUUCGCCCCGAUUUUCGAGGAUAUCUCAGGAAGUUUGAUUAAAACACAUCGGGGGAGAAAGGUUUACACUCAGUGUAAAAGUGGUUGGUGACAUUUUCUAAAGUAUCCAAAAAUGGCACCGGAAGUGAAGCAGUGCACGCCCAACACGGGUCUGGUAUUCCUUCUUGUUCUCGGCUUUAUACCAGGUGUGCUCUGUGACAACUACACCCUUUCUGGCCUCGUGGCUUCCAGUAUAGCCUCUGUGUUCUUCCUAAUAAUGUUAGUUGUCGUCCUCACAAUGGGUAUCAUUUGGCAUAGAUGGUUUCCGCGAUACCAAUUAGCUCGUAGCAAAGUGAAAAUUCCCCGCCACAUAAGAUUCGCAAAAUUGCGUGGAAGUCGGGUCGAGAUAAUUGAACCGGAAAGUAGAUCACUCCAUUUGACGUCAUAUCCGCCAUCCAUGAGGUCGACAAAGCUCAUGGUCCCGACUACUACAACCUAUCAAAAAGCAGAUUCGUGGAUCAAGCAACAGGGACGAUACGAAGAACCUGCUCCAAAGGAAUCUGUAAUGAAUUUUGGGGAAGAAGAAGGAGACGUCAUUGUAACGGAAAUAGGACCGGAGGUGGAAACUCCAAAGUCUCGACUCACUACGACAAUCCAAGUUGAUCCCGACAAGAACACAAAUAACAACGCUACGGAUGACGAGAUCUCUCGUCUCAACAGACGUCAAAGUGACCUCGCAAAUACGCAAGGCGUGUUCAACUUCGAUGACGAGGAAACCGUUUUGGAUACCAACAUCGGGAACGAGGGCACCGUGCUGUAUUAAUAUAUUAGAUAUUGCAGUUUUACUAUUUCGUACAACAUGCUGGUUUGGUAGUUUAUACAUGAAAUGCCGUAGUGUAUCAUUUGUGUUGAUCAUUUUCUGACACACCACUAGAUUACAUGUUAUAUCUGAAGAAUUUCUAUACCGUUUGAAAUUGUAUACACUCAGAUUUUUUUAACCUACUGAACGUCCUUGUUUCUAGAACACUUGUUUGGAUAAUGCAGAGAAAUUAAUUCAUUUUAAUCAAGUGCCCUUGCUGUAUCGUUAUCAGCGUUUUAUUAGUUUCUUGAUUAACAACCAAUUUCUGACAUGAUGAAGUAGUGCUUAUUUUGUAAAAGGUGAUGACCUAGAAAUUUAUUUUCUAUAUAGCUUAAUGUAAUAGAGUGUUGAAACUUGAAAUUACUGUGGUGCAUAAACUUCUGUUACAGAAAACACAAUAACUUGUUACAUUUUGUACAUUUUUUUUCAGAUUUAUUGCAAAUAAUUUUGUUAUGUUUGAUACCUUCAUAUUUCAGAUUUAUAAGAAAUAAUUUGUUACAUUUUGAAGAAUUAUU